AUGUCUUUAGCGCUUCAACGCAACCAGGACAGACAGGACAGGACCAUCAUCCAUCACUUACCUCGCCCUCUGCGUUCUAUAAAUUUCCCACAACAAAUCUCUUUCAUGUGCGCCUCCUCUCUCUGUUUCUUUCCAUCUCUAGACACAUAUACGCUGACUCCAUUUGUUUUUUGUCCAUUUCUAUUUCCUUAAAAUUUGUGUAUUUCUCUUGGAUUUCUAUGUCUUUCUCCCCAUUCUCUUAGCUCUCUCUUACUCCAUGACCCACCACAAAUCCGAGCCAACCAUCCACCUUCUUUUCAAUGGUAACCACAGCCCACAAAACCCACCAAAAUCCCACUCCUCGUGUCCUAAUUGUGGGCAAUUACUGCCAUGACGUUUUAAUCCAAAACGACACCAUCGUUGGUGAAUCUCUCGGCGGCGCUUGCUCUUUCAUUUCCGCCGUCCUCAAUGGGAUGUCAAUUGCUAGUAGUUUAAUUGCUAAAGUUGGGCAUGAUUUUAGAUAUCAAGUUAAUCAAAUCCCGAUUCUAGCGCCUUCUUUCAAAACUACAAUAUUUCACGCCUAUUUUGAUUUGGGUGUACACGAUAAUGGUAACCAAGAUCGGGUCUUGAAACGGAUAUGCGCCUGUGACUCGAUUAAGCCAACGGAUCUUCCUGACGCGAGGUUUGAUUUUGGAAUGGCGGUUGGUGUUGGCGGAGAGGUAUUGCCUGAGACGCUUGAGAGAAUGAUUGAGAUUUGUGAUGUGGUUCUCGUGGAUAUUCAAGCUUUAAUAAGGGAUUUUGAUGUUGUUGAUGGGGCUGUUAAGCUUGUUCAAUUACAUGAAACCAGAUUUUUUUCCUUAUUACCUCGAAUUGGGGUUUUAAAGGUGUCCUCAGAGGAGGCCAUGUUUAUGGAUGUGGAGGAGGUGAGGAAGUAUUGUUGCGUGGUGGUGACCAAUGGGGAAGAAGGGUGUACGGUGUAUUGGAAAGAUGGGGAGUUGAGCAUUUCGCCAUUUUUGGCCAAUCAACAGGAUCCAACUGGUGCAGGCGAUAGUUUCUUAGGUGGGUUUGUGGCAGGGUUGGUUCAGGGAUUGCCUGUGCCUGAUGCUGCCUUGCUUGGUAACUUCUUCGGUUCGCUUACGGUUGAACAAAUUGGAUUGCCAAAGUUUGAUUUGAGGCUGCUGCAGGAGUCCUGGAGAAUAGGAGCUUCAGUGUUCUCAUUUUCUUGUUUAACAUACGGUGAUAAUCUGGCUCCUAUUCAAGGAUACUAUUGUAAGCUAUGGUUGGUAAGGAAAGUGACCAUCGUUUGGUAUUGGAAGAUGAGCAGGAUUCGGAAAAAGUACAAAAAACUUUGCCCUUUAUUUAAAGUGGCUUUUGGUUAAAGAACUCCAUGAGUUUAAUAUUUGCUUUUAAAAGUUUAGUGCCGGAUGCUAUAAGAAAUCAAAAGUCCUGCAAGGAACAUUUCUAUUGGAGUCUCUUUCUUUUUCUGUGGCUGGCCUGGGACAUAAGAAUCUAAUUUUGAAGAAUGUCCUCCAAGAAUUCCACUUUCUAUGGUUAUCAACAAUAAAAGUUUGUUGUAUACUUUCUGCUUUUCAAAUGAAAGGAAUUUUACUUGUCUUUUGCUUUUUAGUUAAAUUUUGGCCAUGAUGUUCUCCAUAUUGAGGGGCGUUCAUCGGUUCCUCGCAUAAAGAUAUGAUUAGUUUCUAGGUCUGCUCCUUUAAAACUUAUUGCUUUGAGGAAAAUGAGGAUUAUUCGAAAUGAUUUCCUGAUCAUUUCCAAAUUGUGUAACCCCCUGUUUGUAAAGCUAAAUUUUGCAAGAAUUCAAUUUAAAAGAUUCUAUUUUAUCAA